CACAUCGGUUCCUCCCCGUUGCUCGUUGGACUCGGCCGCCAUUUUGAUUCCGCGCUGAAAACAAGUGAGUGAAGUUUGAUCCGAACAGAGAGGAAGAUCCAGACAACCGUCGACGCUCAGAGGGAAACAUUCGCAGGUAACAAUGAAUGGCUGUCGCAUCUUCAUCGGCCGCCUGAACCCGCAAGCCAGAGAGCGAGACGUGGAGAAGUUCUUCAAGGGGUACGGACGGAUCAGAGAAAUCAACUUGAAGAAUGGAUUCGGCUUCGUGGAGUUUGACGACCACAGAGAUGCAGAUGACGCCGUGUACGAGCUGAACGGCAAAGAACUGUGCAGUGAACGGGUCACCAUCGAGCACGCCCGCUCCAGAAGAGGACGAGGCGGCGGCCCUGGAAUGGGACGUUUCGGUGGCGGAGGUGGUGGUGGCGGCGGCGGCAGCAGCGGUUAUCGCCCAUCCCGCCCAGCUCCUGGAUCCAGGUACGGCCCACCUGUGCGGACAGACCACAGACUCAUUGUGGAGAACCUCUCGUCCCGGAUCAGCUGGCAGGACCUGAAAGACCUGAUGAGAAAGGCAGGUGAAGUUACCUUUGUGGACGCGCACAGGACCAAAAAGAACGAAGGAGUGGUCGAGUUUGCCUCCCGCAGUGACAUGAAGAACGCCAUCUCCAAGCUGGACGGGACCGAGCUGAACGGACGCAAGCUGAAGCUGUUUGAGGACUGCAGAAGUCACAGCAAGAGCCGCUCCCGCUCCCGCAGCUACUCCCGCUCCAAGAGCCGCUCCAGGAGCCGCAACCGCUCCAGAAGCCGCUCGAGAUCCCCCAGCCGCACCCCAGAGAGGAGGUCAUCGGGCGGGGGCAAGGCCGCCGGCAGAUCCCCCUCCAGAUCCAAGUCCCGCUCCAAAUCUCGCUCCAAGUCUCGCUCCAAGUCCCGCUCCAGGUCUCGCUCCAGGUCCCCCGUUCCCGCUCAGGCCAAACAGUCUCGUUCCCGCUCCCGCUCGCGAUCCCGCUCUCGCUCUCGGUCCCGCUCACGAUCCCGCUCCGCCUCAGCAGACAGCAAACACUGAGACGCGUUCCCCCGUGGGCCGCGACGCCAUCGUCCUCGGAGGUGGUCUGCUUUUUGUUUUUUAUAAGAAGGGGGAUAAUUGCCUUUUACAUGGUCUCUCUGGAAACGAUCUUUGUAGUUCUUACGAUAGCUUUGAGUUCUUUUUUUUUUAGUGUCAGCGGGAAUCGAACAUCGCGUUCCCGUGACGUCAUGAUUUCAACCUCCUCCUCUUUGAACCCCCUCCACGUGAUCGUUAGAUGAACUCCUGCAUGUGGGGAAACAUUUCAAUCAGUGAUGGUUCCCGUCACACCUGCGGCCUCUCCCAGCUGUCGGCCAUUUUUUUUGAUUCCAUCCACUCGUCGUGCGUCUCUGAGUGUUUUUGAGCGGUGUCCGGUGAGGCGGCGGCGGCGGGGGGCGGGGCUUGUCUCCAUCCCUCCUGCUGUUUGUGUUCGUAACACGACCUCCCGGCAUCGCCGUGAAACUGUGAUUCUGCUUCUCUGCACGUGUUGCAUUCACUGCCCUGAUGUGUGAACGUAAAAUGCAAACAUCUCUGCUGAUGGUUCAGUUUUCUUGUGUUAAUUAUGACGGGUUCUUUUUAAGGCGGCUCUUCAGGAAGUUGUUGAUUCUGUUUCCUUUGCUUUUGUUAACGCCAUCGUCGGACCCGGCUCUGUGCGGCGUCAGGUCUCUGAUGACGAUGUGUCUGUCAGCAGAGUGAGAUGUCUCUAAAUAAGUUUAUUAAUUUGAUACUAAUAAAACACUUACUGUGUAUUUUUUUUUAGUCAUGUCAAGAAAGAACUUUUCUGAAUACUUUUUGAAUGUGUGAGACUCAUACAUGUUUAAUAAAGUCUGCAGUUUAAUCAAAUAAAGCUUCCAUAAAAACUUUGA